GCUAAAGGAGUCCAUGACCACCCCAGACCAGAGAGUAAAUUGGAGGCAGAGGCAAGACGAAGUGCAAUUAAGAAGCAAAUGUCUUCUCACCAUUCCCAGAAAAAGAGACCUCUAAACUCAGAGGCAGGAAGGUAUCACGAGAGCAGCAGCUAUGUCAAUAACCUACAGAGUCUGCCCUGCAUGGAUGGCCCAGAAAGGGUUGGCAUCAUCACAGACACCAAUUUUUCAAUUCCAGCCCAGCCUUACCCUUCACUGCAAAAUGCUGACCUCUACAAAGCAUCUUAUGACUUGGCCAACUUCCAAGAGGACCAGUUAUCGCCAUAUCCGAAGUGCCCCAAUACAAGGAUCUACAUGCCCAGGCCAUGCAACUAUGAGUUUGGAGUUCCUACCUUUAUAAGCUCCAGCCGUUACCCAACGUUUUACAAAGAUCUGACAAGUCCUGCCAUUGAUGUUGAUCCUCUUGAUUUGAAUGGAUCUCAGUACAAUGCUGUGACUGCCCAUGACAAGAGCUUUGAUAACCCAGGCAGAUAUUAUGGACUGAAACCAGCUUGGGGGAAAACUGGCAGUGGAGAUCGGAGUGACUAUGGACAGAUGCAAACAAGCACCAAUCACCCUUACUGUGGUGGGGACUACCCCUGCAGAUAUGGUUCCAGCCCCUCUCCCAUAGCCCCACCAUUGCAAACCGUCAUCACAACCACCACCAAGGUGUCCUACCAGGCCUACAAGCCAUCCACGCUGAAAUACAGCGACAACAUCUGUGAUAUGAAAAAUCUUCAAAGCUAUACCCAUGUGGCUGAAAAUGUCUCAGGUGCUAUCUAUUCAGGGAUGAAGAUUCAGGAAGACUUUGGGAUGAUAAAGUCAGCAUUGCUCUACCAGCAUGACCCAGUCCCUGCAAAGUCUGAACAAGCUGAGAGUGUGGAGAGCUAUCGGUAUGGGCCACCACUGGGGAACACCUACACUGACCACGAAGGCCAGACCUUAAGAUUUGAGAGCGCUGAAUAUUGA